AAAGACAAGAUGUCUCUGCAGAUGAGGACAGCCAGGGAGGAACUUCAGGUGACUGAGAAGAGCAGCAAUCUUCUCCAAAACAUCAGCGUGACUGAAGGUUCGAUGGAAAUGAUCGAAAUGGACCACAUCUCAGACAGACCAGAUGAAAAAGACAAACCUUCUGAGGACCUACAGACUGAUUUCCCUUACAAGACGGACACUGAAAAAUGGGAUGGGUUGGAGCAGGAGUCCGAGCACGGCCAGAACCCGGCAAGCAAACCGGAUGAGCAAGAAGUAACACUAGCUUGCAAGGGCCCCGAAGCGUCUCCACCUCCACUGUCACCGUCUUCGGAGGAGAGCACCCACAUCCCAGAGAGCUUGAUCCUCAAGCUGAACUACUGGCAUGCAAAGAUGGGCCUCCAGAUGAAAGAACUUGGAGCCGACCACUGUGACUGGCUGGAGAGAAUCAACAACAUUAUACAAAAAAUAAAUAAUACGGAAAACACGGUGAAGAGCUUGCUAACUGAGGUUAUAUCCCUGGAAAACCAGUCUAAACAUUUGGAGGACCUUGAUCAGGAAGCAGACAUUGAGGAGAAGAUCACAGAAAUUAGAAGGCAAUUAAAGGAAGUGAACAUCAAGUUGACCCAGGUCGACACUUGCAAAGAAGCCUGUGAAUUGAAGGAGAAGCUCAUUGACCGGAUAGAGAGCUUCCAUAAGGAAAUGAAUGUCUUGAACUCUAAGCUGGAGAUGUACUACACACAGGGGUCGGACGCAGACUCCCAUGGCUCUGAAGACGUGGACGCGGAGGAGCAAGAAGAGCCCCUGCUCCCCGAAGCUCCUCCAAGCCUGUCAGCGUUACCCUCUCCUCCCUGCAGCGCAGUGUGGAAGCACGCACUGAAGCUGUUCGUCAUGGUCUACGUGGUCACCAUCACCGGACUGUCGUGCUAUAUACUGUUUGUGGACGCCACGUUUCUCUUCGAAAGGGUGCUGCCCAGCCUGCUGGGGCACCGCACCAUGUGGGAUCUUCGGGAGAUGAUGUCGCCUUUCUUGAAUCUGGAAGCGGAAGAUUUGUUACCGUACUAA